AUGGCUCCUUCCACCAACAUCGCCACCCUCACCAAGUCCCAUCAUGCAAUCGCUGCAAAGAAGCGACAUCGCGCACAACAGCCAAAGGAGGUCACUUUCGACGAGGAAGCAAGAAGAGAAUUUCUGACAGGUUUCCAUAAACGCAAGCUCGCAAAGCAGACCGCUGCGCGACAGAAGGCCAUCGAAAGAGAGAAGCAGCAGCACCUUGAAGCGAGGAGAGAACAACGAAAAGCCUUGCGUGAACAAGCCGCCGCCAAUGCAGCACAAGUAGAGAAAGCAUAUGGGGGCAUGCAAGACGAUGAUGAUGACGAUUGGGAUGGAAUCUCACGCGUGAAGGAAGAUGAAGAAGCCGAGUACGAGGGAGAGGAGGUUGUGGCUACCGUUACCAUAGUCGACGACUUCGACCCGACAGAGAUCAUUCACGGUCCUUCGAAGCCACAACCUUCUUCCCCGAAUGCCCCGUCCUCUCGGGGGCAUACCAGUUCUACCGCCGAGCGGACUUCUCGGGUCCAACCUGUCCCUCACCUCGGCCACAAGCACCGUACCCCAUCCACCGCACAAUCUACGACAUCCAAAGCCAGACCCAAGAGUAUUAAAUACGAGACCAAUGCCGCCCGCAAAGCGCAAAAGAUGAAACAGCGCGCGCGCAGGACCGAGAAGGCUGAGCGAGCCGGUGGGAAGGCAGCGAGGAAGCGACCGACCAAUAGAACUAAACGACGAUAG